UACUGUCCAUGUUCGAGAAGGAAAGCUUGAAACUAACAUAACUGAAUUAACUACCCACGCAGCAAAGCCAUGCCUUCCUGGACCUCUACACUCUCUUUACCUCCGAUUUCCAUAAACUCUCAUCAGCCUUCUGUUACUCAAUCAUCUCAGCUUCCGAAUCCGCCACAGAACCGUCAUUCUCAGCCACCGCCCGCCGCCACUCUCGCUCCUACCGGAAAUCAAAGACCGAUUUCACAACCGCGUUCUCCGGCAUCAUGGAUCGGCGCGCUUCGAUCGGAAGUGCAAUCGAAUUGUUUCAGAGACGCCAUCGAAACCUACAUCCAGAUGAACGUUGCCGGGGUCCGACCCGAGAACUUUGCUUUCCCAGCUGCUUUGAAGGCGGCUGCGGGGCUUCAGGACUUGAAUCUAGGAAAACAGAUUCAUGGUUGUGCGGUUAAAUUAGGGUAUGACUCGAGAUCCGUGACCGUGGCGAAUACUCUUAUCAAUCUGUACGGGCAGUGUGGUGGAGAUAUAAGAGAGGUUUACAAGGUGUUUGAUAAAAUUCCCAAGAGAGACCAAGUGUCUUGGAACUCAGUGAUCAAUGCUCUGUGUAAAUUUGAGGAGUGGGAAUUGGCGUUAGAGGCAUUUAGGGUAAUGGGGUCAGAGGGAUUUGUUCCUAAUUCUUAUACUUUAGUAAGUGCAGCUCUUGCUUGUAGUAAUUUGACGAGGCCACAUGGACUAAAGCUAGGUAAGCAAGUCCAUGGAUAUUGUUUGAGAAUGGAUGAGAGGAAGACUUUUACUAACAAUUCUUUGAUGGCAAUGUAUGCAAAGCUAGGCAAGGUUAAUUACGCAAAGAUUAUAUUUGAGUUGUUUGCAAACUGCGAUAUUGUUUCAUGGAACACAUUAAUUAGCACAUUUUCACAGAAUGGCCAGUUUAAUGAGGCCUUGGAGUACUUGAGCCUUAUGAUUCUUGAAGGAGUGAGACCUGAUGGGGUUACAUUUUCAAGUGUCCUUCCUGCUUGUUCCCAUUUGGAGUUACUAGAUACUGGGAAGGAAAUUCAUGGUUAUAUCUUGAGAAAUGGGGAUUGGAUUGAGAAUUCAUUUGUUGCAAGUGCUUUGGUGGACAUGUAUUGCAACUGUCACCAGGUGGAAUAUGGGCAAAAUGUAUUUGAUAGAACCAAACAGAGGAGACUUGGGCUUUGGAAUGCCAUGCUUGCUGGAUAUACACAAAAUGGGUUUUACGAGAAGGCCUUGGUGCUGUUUAUGGAGAUGGUGGAACUCUCGGGGCUAAUUCCAAACACAACCACAAUGGCGAGUAUCUUGCCUGCUUGUGUACAUUGCGAAAAGUUCAUCCACAAAGAAGUGAUGCAUGGGUAUAUAAUAAAACUGGGCUUUCAAGACGACAGGUACGUGCAAAAUGCACUGAUGGAUUUGUACUCUAGAAUUGGAAAGAUAGAUAUAUCAAAGCGUAUUUUUGACAGCAUGGAAAGCAAGGAUAUAGUUUCUUGGAACACUAUAAUAACAGGUUAUGUAGUUUGUGGAUUUCAUGAGGAUGCACUUGUCUUGUUACAUGAAAUGCAAGCAGAUAAACACAAGGAUGUCUUAGAACAUGAUGUUAAGGUUCAUUUCAGACCAAAUUCAAUAACACUCAUGACUGUCCUUCCUGGUUGUGCUGCCCUGGCAGCACUUAAGAAGGGAAAAGAGAUUCAUGCCUAUGCCAUGAGAUCUGCAAUGGUUUCUGAUGUCACUGUAGGUAGUGCAUUGGCUGAUAUGUAUGCAAAAUGUGGCUGCCUGGACCUGGCAAGGAGGGUGUUCGAUAGCAUGCCUACCAAAAAUGCGAUAACCUGGAAUGUUCUCAUCAUGGCUUAUGGGAUGCAUGGAAAGGGAGUGCAAGCCUUGGAACUUUUCAGGAGAAUGGUUGCAGAAGGAACCAGAGAUGGGGAAGUGAAGCUGAACGAGGUCACGUUUAUUGCAAUUUUUGCUGCGUGCAGUCACUCAGGGAUGGUAGAGGAAGGACGAAAACUAUUCUACGAAAUGAAAGAUGGUUAUGGGGUAGAGCCUUCUGCAGAUCACUAUGCUUGUCUUGUCGACUUGCUUGGCCGAGCAGGUAAGCUGGAGGAAGCAUAUCAGCUCAUUAACAAGAUGCCUCCAGGGCACAACAAGAUUGGGGCCUGGAGUAGUUUGCUUGGUGCAUGCAGGGUCCAUCAAAAUGUAGAACUAGGUGAAAUCUCAGCCAAGAAUCUCUUUGAGCUGGAGCCAAAUGUGGCAAGCCACUAUGUCUUACUUUCUAACAUAUAUUCAUCAGCUGGGCUUUGGGAAAAAGCUAACGACGUGCGAAGGAACAUGAAGGAAAUGGGAGUAAGGAAAGAGCCUGGGUGCAGUUGGAUUGAAUUUGGUGAAGAGGUUCACAAAUUCACAGCUGGUGAUGGAUCUCAUCCACAAACUGAACACCUCUAUGACUUUCUCGACGAUUUGUCUGAGAAAAUGAAAGAAGAAGGCUAUGUGCCUGACACUUCCUGUGUUCUGCACAAUGUCAAUGAUGAUGAAAAGGAAAAUCUUCUCUGUGGGCACAGUGAAAGAUUAGCUAUUGCUUUCGGUAUUCUGAAUACAGCUCCCGGGACUACCAUCCGCGUUGCAAAGAAUCUUCGGGUUUGUAACGACUGCCAUGCUGCUACUAAGUUCAUUUCAAAAGUUGUGAACAGAGAGAUCAUUGUGAGAGAUGUAAGAAGGUUUCACCAUUUCAAGGAUGGUACCUGUUCAUGUGGAGAUUACUGGUAAAAUUGUACAUGGUUCAGAGUUCAAUUUAGUGGUAAGUUAUACUCCUUUUCAAGCUAUAAACCAGUGUUCAAAUCUCACAUUCCCCAUUCCCCACCAAAUCUACCAAAAAAUUGGUAAAACUGUACAAGAUAUUGCAUGAAACUUCACUUUCAAAGCCUAGGGUUAAUAACAUUAUUUCCUAUUCUUUUU